AUGCCACCCAAACUCCCACCCACAACGAACGCUAGCGCAGACGAGUCGGCCGAACACAUAGUCCGUAUGAGAACGACGGUCUUCAAUCACUUCCGGGAAACGGUACUGCAGGAUGCGGCAAGAGCUGUAGCCCACAGCCUCUUCAAGAGCGAUGAAUGGGUCUUCAGGACGAAAGAACACAAGCAGCGAGCGGUGAAGAUCGCGGAAAACCUUAAGGAAAACACACCAAACGCUGCAGAAGUCCUACGACGCACUUAUUGUAUCAUGCGGGAGACAGCAGAGUCAAGCCGCUACAUUGUGAAAGUCGCAGACAGAGACCUACCCUAUAGGGCGAUCAGGGUCAAAUACAUCAGCAGGAUUGAUGCAGAGAUCGUUACCGACCCUGCAAAGCGCCGCUCAUACCCCGUCGUCCACUUCCUCACCCCGCUCUUCGACACCAGUCUCCGUGAGCUGAGGAAUCCUACUUGGACGUCUAACACCGCUCACAACAUCGCUCUUCAGCUAAGCAGAACCGUCGCACUGUUCCCAAAGCACGCGCCAUACCUGCUGAAAGACCCCAAGCUACUCAUGUUUGCGCGACUAUUCCUCAUGGGCGAUGAGAUCGCAGCGUCGUUGGAGACAGUCGGUAUUGAAGUGGGAGAUAACUGGCACGAGCAUACGCGGGAUGAGUUUCUAUGGACAUACUGCGGUGAUUGGGAGAAAUGGUCGAUUGACUGCGUUGAGCACACUUACUUGGCGACUCGUGAUGAGAUUCGCUGGUACGUGGAGAAUGAUGUUGAUGAGGAUGGGAGCGCUAUCGUGGCAGCGUCGGUGGAUGGGAAUUAUGGCGAAGGCAGCGAUGGACAGGAUGGCGAGAAUGAGCAGGCUGGGGACGACGAGGAUAUAGAACUGGAGGACUGA